AUGUCAGUCAAUCGGACAAUUUCGAAAGAUUCCACCAUCACCAUCAGCCCGGACAGCCUACCCCCGAAGCAGGGUGGCGUCAACGGUGCUCGUCGGCUGAUUGCAUGGGCUGCAUUUGUUACGAUAGUUCCCCUUCUCCUCGUGGUCGGGGUUAUUGUCUAUAUUCUGAUCCACUAUCAUGUCCCCCGCAAGGCAGAUGCAAAGCCAACUCUGCGACUUCCCAGUGACCAGGAUGAUCCCAGCGUCUUUCUGGUCGAUAUCGAUUCCGCCCGAUUUGUUACCAUUUCCAGCGUUGCGAGUACUGUGGUGGCAUUGUUGCCAGGCUUCAUUAUGAUACUGUGCUCGUUUCGCCUGGCCAAGAAGUUGUCAGACACGAUGCAGGAAGAUCGAAUCGCUCAAUUACCUACGCCGUACCAAUUCGGGCUUUUAAUUGAAGUCAUGAACUCCCAACUCGUCUCGCUGUGGGAUCUUAUAUGCUACAGCCGUUGGAAAAAGAUUGCCUUGAGUCCUGUGUUGCGGAUGGCAGUUGGCUCGCUGGUUGUGUCCUUGCUUCUAAGUUAUGCAAUCUGGGUGGCUGACACUUGGCUUCAUAUUGUCACCGAAGCGACUGUCAUAUCCCAAGUGACACCCAUGGACACUCCAAACCACUCGCUGGGCUUCGAUUUUUUUUCUGAGUGUGCGGGUGUCCAUGACGACACCAAGCAAUUGCCCGACAUUUGCGUGCGUCUUAUUUACGCUGUGGUUGAUAGAUCAGCGCAGCCAUAUUUGGUCGUCAACAACUUGUCCGACACUUACCAAGUCAGGCAAGAGGCUUUGAAUGACAAAGCCUUUUCGUAUCUUGCCCCUGCCUCGUCCCCGGCAAACAUCGACUAUCAGGCCCAUACUCUUGCCGCCAGCAGUCAUUGCGAGCCCUAUACUCAGCAGUGUAAUGUCCACACUUUGAAUGAGACCACGAGCAUAUUCAAUUGCUCGGACAACUUCCACGGAACCAUGACCGAAGGAGACGCCUUAAAAGGAACAGCCUGCAGCUCGGAAGGGUGCAUGAAGCUGUUUACAGAUGCGGAUCUCAAUCACACAGCCAACAUGAACACAGCCACACCGUUCUAUGCCGGAGUGAUAGGGAAUUUUCACCCGACCCAGGUUACUCUGGAUAGCACUCUCACCAACGACUCGCAGGUCAUUGUCAAUAAAAACCAGUGGGUGUUCAUGUUGCGCUGCGCCGUGCGCGUCCAGGAUUUGACCUACUCGUUUGUCAAUGGCUCGAUGACAGCAGCCGAGCUGUCGCCCGCCAACGACGAUGUCCGCGCCAUGUCGAGCCGAUUUCCGCGUCUCGACACCGUUCUGAUAGAGCUAGGAAAUAUGCUGCAGGUAGCCACAGCAGUGAGCAAUACAUCGCAGGAGAUUGCGGAUUACUACUCGACUUCGCUAGAGGCCUUGACGAUCGCCUCGACUGCGAACUUUUUCAAGCCAUCGCGCUGUCUGAAAGAGCAACUUCGGGAGACCGUGCUGGUUACGCGGGUUCCCAAAAUCCCGUUAUUUCUACUCGGAUCAUUAUGCCUGUUAUUUGUCGCACUUAGCAUGGCACUGACAGGCACAGUAAUGCUCGAACGCCCGACGCGAUACCGUGAUAUCCAAGCGCGAUUGAGUGUCUUUGGACUUGCCGCCAGUCGGUUCGAAGCUGGCGCUGGUCGACGGGUGUCUGACAUGGAAGAUUUAUUUGGAGAAAAGCGAGUUGGCAGCAGCCGUGUGGGUAUCACGAUGACUCCGGAUGGAGGAUGGGAUUACUUUUCAGAGGUAUAGCUAUAGAUUCGAAACAAUGCAUUACGAUUAAUCAUUCC